GGGCAGAUAAAAAGGAUCAGGAGCAGAAGAAACCACUGAUCCCCUCUAACGACGGUGAUGCGAAGACCGCUGACAUUGAGCGCAUCCAGCUGAAGAUCCAUGAGGGAAACAACUCACACGGCGCCAGCAACGCUCACAGCGAUGGACCCAACAACCAGGUUAGCAGCAAGGGUGAUGAAUCCGGGGACAUGGUGGAGGGUGCUGAUGAGGCCAAGGCCAAGUCUGGAGGUUCCAGGAAGGAGAAGUCUGUCCUGCAGUCCAAGCUGACGAGGUUGGCCAUUCAGAUUGGAUAUGCUGGUACGGCCAUUGCGGUGCUGACGGUUAUCAUCCUCAUCGUCCAGUUCUGCAUUAGAGAGUUUGUGAUCAAGGGCAAAUCGUGGACGGCGGACGACACGACGCGCAACAUCGAGAUGUUUGUCAAGUACUUUAUCAUUGGUGUGACCGUGCUGGUGGUCGCCGUACCUGAGGGUCUUCCCUUGGCCGUCACCUUGUCCCUGGCUUACUCAGUCAAGAAAAUGAUGCACGACAAUAACCUGGUGCGUCACUUGGACGCCUGUGAGACAAUGGGUAAUGCCACCGCCAUCUGCUCCGACAAGACUGGCACGCUGACCACCAACAGAAUGACGGUGGUGCAGAGCUACAUUGGCCAGCAACACAACAGGAACAUUCCCAACUUCAGCAAUUUCAACAAGUUUUUGGGACAGUUGAUCUUGGAAUCCAUCUCAAUCAACAGCGGUUACACGUCCAGAAUUGAGCCUGGAGAGAAUGAAGGGGAACUGCCCAAACAGCUGGGAAACAAAACAGAAUGUGCCCUGCUAGGCUUUAUCCAAGCCAUGGGGGAGAGUUACGAUCAGGUCCGUGAGAAGUACACGGAGGAGUCUCUGUUCAAGGUGUACACCUUCAACUCUGACCGCAAGUCCAUGAGCACAGUCAUCAAGGUAGACGGCUCGGAGGAUCGAUACCGCUUCUUCUGCAAGGGUGCCUCCGAGGUGGUGGUCAAGAAGUGCGACUAUAUUUUGGACUCGGAGGGCAAAGCCGUACGGUUCAACCUGCAGGCCCAAGAGAAGGUGGUCCACGAGACGAUUGAGCCCAUGGCUAGCGAGGGUCUGCGUACUAUCUGCAUGGCCUACAAGGAUUUUGUGUCCGGAACUACGGAAAUGAACGAGAGCUCCAUCGACGGCGUGGACUGGGAUGAUGAGGCAAAGAUCAUGACGGGCCUCACCUGUGUGGCCAUUGUGGGCAUUGAGGAUCCCGUCAGAGACGAGGUGCCCGAGGCUAUCAGGAAGUGCCAGGGGGCAGGCAUCAUGGUCCGCAUGGUGACGGGUGACAACGUGAACACGGCGCGCUCCAUCGCCUCCAAGUGUGGCAUUCUGCGGCCGGGAGAAGAAGGCCUGGUGCUGGAAGGCAAGGAGUUCAACCGACGGGUCCGGGAUCACACUGGAGAGGUGAACCAGGAGUACAUGGACAAGAUCUGGCCAGACCUGCGUGUCCUGGCACGGUCGUCACCCCAGGACAAGUACGUCCUGGUCAAGGGCAUCAUCGACAGCAAGAGCGAGAGCACUCGCCAGGUGGUGGCGGUCACAGGGGACGGUACCAACGAUGGGCCCGCCCUCAAGAAAGCCGAUGUGGGAUUUGCUAUGGGUAUAUCUGGAACUGACGUGGCCAAGGAGGCUUCGGACAUCAUCCUGACAGACGACAACUUCACCAGCAUCGUGAAAGCCGUCAUGUGGGGCCGCAACGUCUACGACAGCAUCGCCAAGUUCCUGCAGUUCCAGCUGACCGUCAACGUGGUGGCCGUGCUGGCCGCUUUCUUCGGCGCCUGCAUCAUCAACGACAGCCCUCUGAAAGCCAUCCAGAUGUUGUGGGUGAACCUGAUCAUGGACACGCUGGCUUCUCUGGCUCUGGCCACCGAGCUUCCGACGGACGAGCUGUUGAAGAGAAAGCCGUACGGCCGUAGCAAGCCUCUCGUCUCACGCACCAUGGCCAAGAACAUCCUCCUGCACUCCGUCUAUCAGCUCACAGUCAUCGGGGUUUUAUUAUUUAAAGGUCCGGACAUCCUGGGUAUCGACGACGGCAUUCAGGAUGUGGAGAAUGUGCACGCCCCGCCCACAGCGCACUUCACCAUGAUCUUCAACUCGUUCGUCAUGAUGACCCUCUUCAACGAGAUCAACGCGCGCAAAAUCCACAACCAGCACAACAUCUCUGAGGGCCUCCUCAGAAACCCCAUCUUCAUUGGGAUCUGGGUCGGCACCAUUAUCGCACAGGCUCUCAUCAUCCAAUUUGGAGGCAUUGCAUUUCACACCACGAGCCUCAACGCAUCACAAUGGCUGUGGUGUUUAUUUUUAGGCGUCGGCACCUUGUUGUGGGGUCAGAUUCGUGUAAUUAAUGCUUUCCGCAUGAGUGUAGACACUCGCUACGACAACCGUAGCUUGACUUCCAUGCAAAGUUACCAUUCAGUGCAAAACAUUAGAGCGGCCAGAAGGCCCCACUUCCAGUCCUCUACCGAGAUGAGCGAACCCCCAGGAGCGACCGGGCUCAUCUCGUCUGCCACAGCCCCGGGCCGGGUGGCUGAAACCACUGCCAUGUGAUCACCUUCCAACCGCCCCCCGAAGUCCGGCUGAUCCGAACUCUGAUGUAGGAACUUAGAGGAAAAAAUAAUGAUAAUAAUAUUAUAAUGAAAGAUGCUGGAGAAGAAGAAGAGACUUUUGUAAGAUACAGUGAAAGGUGAAAAGACGGUUUUGUGUGCGUCUACUCUGGUGUAGGAUGCUGGAAAGAAAGAAAUAGUGAAAGAAGAAGAAGAGACUUUUGCAAGAUAGGGAAAAAUGAAAGACGGUUGUGUGUGUGCGUCCACUCUACUGUAGGAACUUAGAGAUAAAUAGUGAAAGAAGAAGAAGAAGAAGAAGAAGAGGCUUUUGUAAGAUAGUGAAAGAUGAAAUGAUGGCUGUGUGUGCGUCCACUCUAAUGUAGGAACUUAGAAAGGACGAAAAAGUGAAAGAAACAGAAGAAGAGACUAUUGUAAGGUAGUGAAAGAUGAAAAGACGAUUGUGUGUGGUCCAGUUCUGUCAGCCUCGAGUAGAUAAAAGUUGAGAGGCUCUGUGGGCGUAUUGAGAAAGAGAAGGGACGAUAUUGUGUGUAGAUCUAUGCCUAGUUCUGUCUUACUGAUCUAACCAUUUUAGGAACAAGAUGACAAAACAAAAUACAGAAAAGAGGAUAGAGUGUGUGCAUUCCGUUCUUUAGGUCUGUUUUAUAUUUUAGAUUUUUUUAAAUGUGAGAAGCUUUGGGGAAUCACCAAAGAAAAUAUGCGGUAUUUUUUUUUUGGGUGAAGGUGUCGAGACCUCUCAUCUUAUGUAGAUAUUCCCCAAGGUUUUGUCAAAUAACGCAAGAUGGAAACAAUUGUGUGUGUUACUAGUUGUGUUGCCUCUACAAUAUAUAAUAAUAUGCCAUGGCGUCAAGGUUCAACGAAAUCGGAGACAAGAUUGGAAUCUCCUUUGAGACAAACGUGAAGGACACAAGAGACCAUGACCCACAAGUUGUACUUACAGCGUACAGUAGUCAUGUGUACCUCUAUGUUCUCAUCCUUAUCCUGGCAAAAAAAA